AUGCGUGUUGCUGCUGUUGCUGUGCUUGCCGCUGUGGCAUGCUUGAUGGCGGCGGGCUGCCAGGCAGAGAAUGUACAGACGGCUCGGUUUGUGAAGGCCGCUGUCAGGGAUGAUGGUGAUGCUGCCUCGUUUGCGCGCUGGCUGGUGCACAACACCACGUAUGGCGUGAUGGCCACCAACAGCCGCCAGUUCUCCUACCCCUUUGGCAACAUCUUCUCCUUCUCCGACGGCCCCGUCAACAACGCGUCGGGCCACAUCUACUUCUACGCUUCUCCGCUGGACGCCUCUGUGCAUGAUCUCCAGGCCGAUCCCCGCUGCUCCCUCACCGUCACCCAGGAGGACACCGGCACUUGCGCUUUGGACCCAGAGGACCCGACCUGUGGUCGUCUGACAUUCAUGGGACGCGUGUACAACGUUUCCUCGGCCGAGGAGCCUUUUGCCAAGGAGGCCAUGUUCAGCCGUCACCCUGAGAUGAAGAACUGGAGCCCUGGUGGCUCACACCAGUUCCGCUUCAUGGCGCUUGAGAUCCACCAGCUGUGGCUCGUCAACCACUAUGGCGGCGCGGCCAUCAUCGACCCGGCGGACUACUACGCCGCCAAGCCAAAGCCCCCAUCAACCAAGCGCACCUGA